UAAAUAAAAGUGAAAGUGAAAUAGAAGGGAGAGGACAGUGCUUCCUAGAAGGAUUUCACUAUAUAUCCUGCCCUUCCCAGAACCAGCUCUGGCAGUGGAGAGAACUUCACUUCCCUUUGUGACUAGGUAAGUCCCUGGUCCUCUUUGGGCCUCAGUUUCCAUGCCUGUAAUGAAGGGGUUAGAUUGGACUAGUAACCAGUAUAAUGUUGAUGGUAAUAAGAGCCAGGGUGGGAAUCCCCUGGCUUUGUUUCUAGGGGCUGGAAGAGCUCUAGCCUAUGCCCGAUGCCAGUCCUCCAGGAGUUGUCAGUUGGGACAGGUGGACAGGACAGUAAAUAGCAGUGCCUGGCAGCCCACUGAAAAAUCAGAGGUAGGGGGUGGCUGUGGAGUCCACAGGAAGAAGGCCACACGUAUGCCUGGCAUCUAAGCAAGCCACUCAGAAGACGUGGGAGAAGCAGUUUUUCACCAUCUCCUCCCCCGCCUCCCCCAGAGAGGAGGAAGUUGUCACAGAUAUAUAGAUCCAGGCGCGCCGGCUCCUGACACACGCAUCACGACCAUGAGACAGAACUGGAUUCCAGACCCCAGCCCUCUUUGGGCCCUGCUCCUCUGUGCCCACAUCGUCUCCCACCUGGCCAGAGCCACACCUGUGCCUCAGGCCACUACAGCUGCCACUGCCUCAGCUGGGAUCGCAAAGGACACCUGCCCCUCCCGGCCCCCAGCGCUCCCGACAGCUAAGCAGUGCCCUGCAUUGGAGGUGACCUGGCCGGAAAUGGAAGUCUUACUGAAUGGAACGCUGACCUUGUCCUGUACCGCCUGCAGCCGCUUCCCCCACUUCAGCAUCCUUUACUGGCUGGGCAACAGCUCCUUCAUCGAGCACCUCCCCGGCCGGCUGCGGGAGGGCAGCACCAGGCGGGAGCACAGGGGCACGAGGACCCGGCUGUGGAGGGCCUUGGUGCUGGAGGAGCUGAGCCCCGCCCUGAGAGACACCAACUUCUCCUGUGUUUUCUCGGAUCCUGGGCAGACUGCCCAGCGUCACCUCGUCCUGGCCCAGCUCUGGGCUGGGCUGAAGACAAGCGUACCCCCGACACAAGAAGCCCCAUCCUCCAGCAAGUCCCCUCAGCCUCACCAUCCUGAUAAUGAACCCCAAGCUCCAAAGCCUGGUUGAAAUGCCACCUCUUCAUUGAGGUCUACACGCUCUCAGCCCAGGCCACGUUCUGCAUCGACUUAAUGUUGUAUUUGUUUCCUUUAAUGGACUGUCCCAGGGAAGGUAUGCGGGGAGAGGCUGCUUCUGACCCAUGGCUGUAUCUCUGUCACCCCAGCAAGACCUACAACGGGUGCUCAUAAAUGAUCUUCAGUGGUGGCAUACUGAUGUCUGCCCAGUCAUUUAUCCUGUAGGCCAUCAUUCUACUCACAGAACGUGGCCUGUCAGAGGAGGGAGUGUGGGAAGAGGAGAGAGAAUGCCACUCAGAAGCUAAAGACAAAACCAGAUUCAGGGGACACAGGCCCUCAGAAGAGAAGAGGCCGGCCCAUAAUGCUCCUCAGGAGCAGAGGCCAGAAAUGGAGUGUGGGAAGAUCCUGUGGCCUGAGAAAGGCCUGGAGAAGGGAUUUGAGAGAAGGUGUGUGGGUCUGGA